AACAAAUAAACAACCGUGCUCUCUCUCUCUCUUCUCCUUCUCCCCUUUGCUACAGAAUAUUCUUAAUACUACCUUUUUUAUAUACCAACCCCACUGUUUCUCCAUAAUUACAUUUGAUUUCUCACCAACACUGCUGUCUCUGACUUGUCCGCCCUCGUGUUGUCGUCGCGACGACCUGACCAGCUCCGUUAUCGCACGCGAACCCCCAACCACCACACCUCUGAACCAGCACCAUGUCCGUCAAGCUGCAAGAUACGAUCCAGGAGGCCGUCCAGGAGAAGAUCCAGGACUCGCUCCAGGAUCAGUCGGUGCGCCAGGAGACCAAGGAGUUGGCGCACCUAGUUGGUGAGCGCCUGACUGGCGGUCCGACACAGAUUGGCUAUCUUGCACUCUACCUGCGUCAACUCCAAUCGAACCCCCUCCGUACCAAGAUGCUCACUUCCGGUGUCCUUUCGGCCCUGCAAGAAUUCCUCGCGUCCUGGAUCGCGCAAGAUGUCAGCAAACACGGCCACUACUUCAGUCAUCGGGUGCCCAAGAUGUCGCUCUACGGCAUGUUCGUUUCGGCUCCGCUGGGACACUUCCUCGUCGGCAUUCUCCAGAAACUCUUCGCCGGUCGUACCAGCCUGAAGGCUAAGAUCUUGCAGAUCAUCUUUAGCAAUCUAAUCGUCGCUCCCAUCCAAAACGUCGUCUACCUCGCGUCCAUGGGUUACAUCGCCGGUGCGCGUAACGUCCACCAGGUCCGCGCUACCGUGCGCGCUGGUUUCAUGCCCGUCAUGAAGGUUAGCUGGAUCACCUCGCCGCUGGCCCUUGCCUUUGCGCAGAAGUUCCUUCCCGAGCACGCCUGGGUGCCCUUCUUCAACCUGGUUGGCUUUGUUAUCGGUACCUACGUCAACACCCACACCAAGAAGAAGCGUCUCGAAGCGUUGAGAAAGCGCCACGAACGCCGCGGUGGCAGCGAGUAUGACGGACGCCGUGGUCCUGGCAGUGAAUACGACCGGAGCGACCGCGAUUACCGUUAAAAUGUACAUACGAUGAUUCCAGACGACUAGCAUGUGGAUUCUCCUUUUCAACUACGAUCGCAAGCCAAUCUCAGGAAGAACAUAUCUUGGUUAUCUACAUGAUCUAUCCUUAAUUACUACGUCCGCUCUCACGACGAGGAUAUGAUCCGCCUUGUUAUUACCCCUUUUACGAUGAAUGGCCUAUUUUGUUUGUUUUGAUUUAUAGACCUCGGGCUGGUAUUCUAGAUUUACCGCGGAAUACUGGAUGCUUGGUUACUGUGAUAUAAUGCUCAAUGCUAAUCUGUUACUUGGUAUACAUGUCAAGAGUAUGCCUUUCUGUCUUCGUUAGAUAGCCAUAUUCAUUACUGUACUCUAUCGCCGUCCCUCAAUUGUGACACAUCACGCAACUCGUACAACACCCCCUCUUCCCAGUACA